AUGACCAAAGGGAAAGUGUGGUGCUGUCAUCCUACUCGACACAUUGGAGCUAGCAAGGUUGGGUGCGUUCCCUCGCAUCCGAAAGGAAAGUACGUUGCUUCUGCGACACUGGUGAACUUCUUGAAGAAACAAUACGGCAGCGCUGCGAUGAAAGUUCCGAUGAAUUCAAACAGUGGGCGUCUUUGCGUAUGCACUAGUUGCCGCGAGUUCGAAAGUGAUCGGCUUCGGAAGGCUGAGUCCUCCCGCGAUGAAAGACGCGUUACGAAUGACGAGAGUGGAAUGGCGAAGCGCCUGCAACGACAAGCAUCGAUGAAUCCGCUAGUUGUGCUAGACAAUGAUGUAUUCCACUCACCGCAGCCAAGCUCACAUUUGAAACAAGCUGAAAGCUCGGCCGAUGACGAAGCGGGUAUACUCUAUGAUCGCUGCAGGACGAAGGAUGUUUGCAAUGAUGUGUUGCGAACGCUGGCAAUCGAAGCGAUCAGUGAAAUGCGGAACACAGACGAUAUUCGUAACAAAAUCAACCGCGCAUGCGAGAUUUUACAGAACAUGUGUGAGAAUCUCAUCAACCUUGAGAAACAACGAAGGAAGAUCGAUUCUAUAGAAGAAGAAACAUCUUCACUUACUCUUACCGAGAGGCACGAACUAAUCAGUGGUCUAAAGAAUUUAUACAACGUUAGCGACAAACACGAACAAGUACGAUUAUUAACAAUAGCGCCAAGCAAUUGGGGUCGACAAAGAAUCGAAAACUUUUUCGAAAGUUCUCAGUGGCAGGCGCGUCAAGCGCGCGAACUUCGUUUGUCGAAAGGUGUUUUGGCUUUCCCAGAUGAUCGACGUGGUAAUCAACCACUUGAAUCGGCGGUCAUUGAUGCGGUGAAGACCUUCUUCGAUCAGGACUGGAUUAGUCGUGUUUCAUCGAAUAAAUCGGACAUCCUAUUGCUAAAAAAGCAAUCUGUUGCUAAACGCUUCAUGCUCCUGACCAUCGAUGAAGCCUUCGAGAAAUUCAAGAACGAUUUUCCGCAGUACGAAAUUGGUAGAUCAAAAUUUUUCGAACUCAAACCGCGUCACGUUUACUCGAUCGCUCCUCAUGACACAUGUUGCUGUAUUUAUCACGAAAACUUCGAUCUUGUGCUCAAGGCAUGGAACCGCGUAAGCAACGAACAAAUCGACCGCGGAAGAUUAAUCAAUGAAACACUGUGUGUCCCUCCCAAUGAAUCCUGCUUUUACCGUGACUGUCAGCUUUGCGGCGAGCGACAACCGUCGACUUUCGUCAGGAAGUCUUUUGAUGGUGACGAAGAUGAUGAAAUCGAGUGGACAAGUUGGAAACGGACAGAGAACCGUAUGGCGUCGCGUCAAGUUGUUGGAAGUGUGAGUCUACUCUUGGAUGAUAUCGAUGAACAGUGGAAAGACUUUAUUUCACAUCAUCAUUACACGAAGAUGCAACAGUCGGCCAUUGCUGAGUUGAAAAAGAAAUCGGAUGUCAACGGCAUGGUGCUGAUUCAGAUGGACUUCGCUCAGAACUUCUCAUUGACGUCUCAGCGUGAAGUGCAAUCAGCACACUUCGAUAAGCCUCAAGUGACACUCUUUACAGCGUUCAUCGUGCUCGGAUCCGUGCAUAAAAGCUACGUGAUAGUUAGCGACUAUCUAGAACACGACACUAAAUUCGUCUACGCUGCACAGCAAUACCUCAUUGCCAGAGUGAAAGAGAUUGCACCACAUGUUCAUCAGGUAAACUACGUCACCGAUGGCGGACCUGCUCACUUUAAAAAUCGAUACAAUCUUCUUAACCUUUCAUUCCAUGAGGUUGACUUCGGCAUUCCUGCUGUGUGGACGUUUAGCGCCACUUCACAUGGGAAGGGGCCAGUAGAUGCGAUUGGAGCGACGAUUAAAUCAGCAGCUACCAGAUACUUGAUGCGUCACGGUCCUGAGGAGGCAUUUAAAAGUCCCAAGGAUUUUUACACGUUCUCCAAGCAGCGGCAAGAAUCAUCGUCAACUCCGAUUGAGUUGUUUUAUCUCAAUUCCAACCGCAUAGCCAGUCUUCACCAAAAGAAAAACGAAGACAGAUGGAGGAACACCAAAGGACUUACUGGAAUUCGCUCAUUCCAUCAGUUCGCACCAGUGACUUUCCGCACGAUUCGGUGUUGGCGCACGACUACAUCAACAGCGUUUCAGACUCGUCGACUAUGA